AUGAUUGAAUCGAAAUCCUCGAACAAAUCCGAGAUCUUCAAUCCUUUAUUGUCCAUAAAGAAGUUUUUCCGAUUUCUAUUGCAUGAGAUUCUCGGGGAGAACUUUAAAAUCACCGAUUUGCUACAGAAAAUCGUCGCCUUUGCACGAGCACAAGCUUACGUUUUGACGCUUUUCAUUAUGAUGGCUUGGUCUCUCACUUUUCAUUCUUGGUUGACAUUUGCUCUCUUAGCUGCCUCGUGUGUCGUCUGGAUGAGCCCAAAUCCGCAACAGUUUUGUUUCAAGGUGGCUCCGAUCGUCGCUUUAUACGCCACAUUUCUUCUUGGUCUUCAAUUUGUGUACAGUCUAAAUUUGACUCAAAAAGAGCUACCCGACGAGAAUCCACCGUAUCUUCGACAAUUUGGCAUGGAGAAACCGCGAGAUCGUGCUCCAUUUGCGGAUCUUUGCUUAAAAUGUCUCUUCACUUCAAUCAUUUUCCUUUCAAUUAAACAGAAAAUCGUGGAAUUGAAGAAAAAGAGUAAAGAAGAUGAAAUGAUGCUUGAAUCGGAGUCAACAAUGAUCGAGAAGAUCCGCAAAUUCUUGGCCGAUCACUGGGUGUUGUUCACAAUGUUUCUCAUUCUCCUAAUCUCGUUACAAGCUCCCGUUGUCCUCUAUCGACUACUCUACAUGGCUUUCUUUCAAACGUUUCUAGUGCUAUUUCAGAUCUCAUUCCCGACGUGGCGCCGUGGUUUAUACGCUUUCUGGAUGUCAAUGAUCAUCUAUUGCAUGGCCGUCGUCACCCUCAUUUACACUUUUCAAUUUCACGGAGUACCAGACUUUUAUGCGAGAUAUUUGUCGAAUGAUGUAAUCCAUUCCUUCGGUCUUGAGCGAAUCUCAUCGGGACAAUUGUUGAUUAAACUCUUAACACCAAUCUCUUUUCUCAUUUUCUCAUUGAUUCAAGUGAAUUUCUUUCACGAGCGUUUGAUGAGCAGAACUGAGAAAUGGGAACAAAUCAUUUUUGAUAAAAAACCGCAAUUAUCUCGAAUUUUUGCUGAAUUACAUGCACAAAGCGAGAUGCGGAUGGACUUUUUCCGACAACACUUCGCUAUGGUUCAAUCGCUGAUG